UCAAUAUCAAAGGCAUGUCAUGUGGACUUGAAAGUUUGAAACGAAUUUGCACAUGAUAUACUCUGUAAAGUGGCUGUCCUCAGUUUCCUGAUCCUGUCGCAUUUCGUCCUGUUGCAUAACUUGUGUGUCACUGGAAUUUUGCCCUGGUAGGAACCUUGGAUAGCUGCGCAAUUUCAGAGCCAGCUAUGGACUUGAUGGAUGAACAAGCUUGUCCACGCUGCAAAUCAACCAAAUUCAGGAAUCCCGCUCUCAAGCUGCUAGUCAAUGUCUGUGGCCAUACAUUAUGUGAGAACUGUGUUGAGAUCUUAUUUGUGAGGGGGUCAGGGGCAUGUCCGUCCUGCAACACACCGCUUCGCAAGAACCAGUUCCGAGUGCAAGAGUUUGAAGAUGCCUAUGUGGAGAAGGAGGUUGAUAUACGCAAGCGAAUACUGAAGGAUUUUAAUCAGCAGGAGGAUGACUUCCCAACCUUACGGGAAUACAAUGACUACCUCGAGGAAGUGGAAACUAUCAUAUUCAAUCUCACGAAUGGAAUCGAUGUUGAAGCAACCAAGAAAAAGGUUGAGCUGUACCGAAAGCAGAACAGAGACAGAAUCACCAGGAACAGAUCCAAGCAGAGCAGUGAUCAGGUGUACCUUGAGGCGCUUAUCCAGGAGGAGAGAGAAGAGCAGGAAGAGAAGAGACAACAGCUGCAGUUCCUGGAACGCCAGACAAAGAACCAGAAGAAGCGUGAUAAGGAAGCUCUCAUUGAUGAACUGAUAUACUCGGAUAUGCCGGCGGAUCAUGUGAUAGCAAGCCACACCGUGAGCGUGGAGAAACAGGAAGCGCCAGUCUUCAAACUACCCAAGAAAAUGACCACCUCUGCUGGCAUCAGAGUGGGUCUUGGUUACCAAGAUACCUUCUUGCCUGUACCUAAGCAGGAGGAGGUAUUGUACGCCUAUGAAGAGGAGCACUAUGAGACAUACGGCCCCAGUGCACCCACCCCAGAGGAGAUAGACUCACAGAGGUACAACAGGCACGUACGGCCGGCCUCUCCACAGGGCGAAGCAGGCGGCUACGGCCACAACCUGGCAUGUCUGAGGGCAUUACAAGAGGCCUUCUCCGGAUUACUGUUCUUCCCGUCCGUUCAUGUCAAGGACGAGACUUCCGUCAUGGAAACAAGUUGAUGAACAGAUAGUGGUUUCGAGAAGUGAACGUUGGGACACCUUGCUCUUUCUACAAGAAGCCCCCUCUGCACUGCAUUAGGCAACAAUUUAGACAGUGAGCUACCACGUGCACUUACCUUGUACUUGUUAAUUGUGCCAACCUUGAGAGGGCAAAACUCAGAGGACUAAAGUUCAGCAAGUAUUUACAGAAGCCAAACAAAAGUGGGAGUAGACGUAAAGGCAACGAGUGAAGAAAGUUGUGUACAAAUUCUGAACUACUGAACCCCCAACUGCCAGAGAGAUCUGUUGUAAAUUCACUCCUGGAUGGAUUGACUAGCCGUAGUCGUGCUUGAUCUGAAACUGCGUGAUGUGACAUCUCUAUGUGCAUGCGUAACUAGGUUCAUAUAGAGGUGUGGCACCAGCGUGAGGCACACGCCGUCAUCUCAGCUUUGUGCCUUCAGUAUAAAGUGAGCCUGGUUGCCAGCCUUAUUAGACCUCAUGGACACUUAUUCUUCCACAAGUUUUGCAUAUUAACUCUUACCCCGACAGGCACCUGUUCGCAGAGUGUAGGUGAACCUCAUUCCUGUGGCGGUGGGAUUUGUCCAGAUGUUUUCCUGGAUGUCAGGUUUUUUUCUAGUUUUUGCAUGUAGAUUGUGGAAUUGCAGAUCUCUGUUGAAUCAUGUAGGCGUAACACUUUGUACAAAAUAAACAAAAAUCAAUAUUCAUGUUGUCAUGGCUAACUUGGGGGGGCCCUUGCUUUAAAAGUCCUGAACAGUCACAGCAUUUAAUUGUUGCUCUUGGUACAACCUCCAAGGGAUUCAUAGAUUUCUCGUUAUCCCCUCAAUUCAGCCCUUUACAAUGUACCUCGGAUAAUCAAGGCCCCACGAUUCAUGUGUGCAUUAAUGCAACAAAUUCUAGUUGGAAUGUAUAAUCGCAGCAUGUACAUCAGGUUCAAAGAUGAAACGAUACCCAUAAACCUCAUGUACCCUCCAGUUCAUCUGAGAACCACACUUAUUCAUAAGAGAUAUCCUUGCGUGGUGCUAUAGCAAACCUCCUUAUCUAACCCAUCAACCUGUCUCCUUUUUGCAGAUUCGGGGGGAGGGGGGCUCAAGCCAGGGCAGAGAGAUGCACACGCAUGUACAUAUACUGGCCAUGAGCCUCAAUUAUGUCGAUCAGUAUCAUUCCCAGUUUCCAUCCUCGCCUAUCUGUGAAUCCAUGUGCACCUCAAAGUUCUUGAUUGCCGGGUGAUUGCUUUUGAAACAUUGGUUAAACAGAAAGUAAAUAUACACAAAAUAAAUAGCUAAAUCCCACUUUUUCGUUACCGGUAGUGCAAGUUUCGACAUGUAACUUCCCUGAUGCUUUUCCUGUCCAAUGCCUGCAAAAAUUUAAUUCAAACCCCACCCCUCAAAAAAACCCAAUCAAUACGGCCUUCAUGCUGUUUCUGUACUGUAUAAACCGCCCUGCAACAGUUGUUUCAUAAUUGCUUUUGCUGCCCCAAUAAAUACCUUUAUUGGGAUAAUGGAAUGAGCAGUCAAGCAGAUGUGAAAAGCAGCUGUCAAAGCCAUCCCUGUGGUUUCAUGGCAGAAACAUUUUUGUUAAUAAUAUAUUUUUGUUUGUAAUACGCCUCAAACUACAUAUUGACAACCGGAUCUUGCUGUUACAUGUAUGUCGCAACUCUGUCAGCUGCCAGCUUUGGGCAGGGCCAACCUACGCGACACAGUUAGGCAUGCCCAACUUGGGUUGUCCUGCAGAAUGGAAUGCAAACAAGUGCAAUUCAAUUAUUAACUGUCAGAACUGGUGUGCUAUUAAACAAAUUGACUGCGGACAAUGAGUGUACUUGAAGUAACAGGUGUACCGGAUUCUGCCACUGUGAGUAUACUCGUAGAAAAAGUGGAAGGUUUUUGUAUUGUAGAUUGAAUACACUGGCAUCACUGACAACAUAAAUAGGCUGCUGGCAGUGGUGAGGACAUGCAUCUAUAAAAUGCUCAAUUUGUUGUGUUUUGCCGUUGGAAAUAAAAUUGGAAAUUGGCAAAAUUUGGAA